AUGUACGGGACGUACCAGCAGCAGGAACGCCUCACUGAGGAUGAUAUACUCCAGGGAAUGCUCGAAAGUCGGCAGCGCUUUGCCAAGCUCGACAACUCCCGGGGCUAUCAACACUCUUUUAGAAAAAAAUCCAAAUGGGAACUGGUGCGCCUGUCCCUGCUCAUCGUCGGCAUCGAGUGUACCUACGCAACGGAGACGGCACUGGUCGCCCCGAUACUGCUUGGCAUUGGCCUACCGCACACGGUCAUGACCAUGAUCUGGGCGACGCCCUCGCUCGCCGGACUGCUCUUUGCGCCCGUGAUCGCUUCUGUCAGCGAUCGACUCCGUUCGCGCUGGGGCCGUCGACGUCCGGUACUGCUCGCUCUGGGCUGUACCAUUCUUACCGGCAUGCUCGUGCUACCGAACGGGCCGGCCAUCGGUGAGCUGGUGGGGCUGACGAGCGUCGGCUGGGUGGCCACAAUCACAACCGUCGGUUUGAUAAUGUCUGACUUUUCGGCCGAAACGAGCAACGGACUGUGCCGGACGUACGCGAUGGAGGUGUGCACUAUUCGGGAUCAGGCCCGUGUCCUCAGCAUCAUGGUGCUGACGGGUGGAAUCGGUGCGACCAUGGGUGCACUGUUUGGAGCGAUCAACUGGAACCGGCUCGGCAUUGGACGUUUGUUGGGUGGGAAUGGACCGUCCGUGUUUGCGGCGAACUGGAUUGUGCUAUUUGUGGGGCUAUUGGUGACGUUGACAAGCUUUUCGGAGAUCCCACUGCCGGUGCAGGAGUCGGAACCGAUGCUGAGGCCAGUGACACAAAAGAUGUUGCUGGAUGAGGUGAAGCGUGCGCAGGGAGAGGGUCGUGUGCAGGAUGAGAAGGAAGAGGUGCAGGAAGUUGUUGGGUUUAAGCAGUUUGUGCAUAAUGUGCUGCAUAUGCCACGAUCGAUGAAGGUGUUGUGUUUGACGCAGCUGCUGAGCCACAUGAGCUACCUGACAUACUGUUUGUACUAUACCGAUUUUGUUGGCGCUACGGUCUACGAAGGAGAUGUGCGGGCCCUAAAAGGAUCGGCGGCAGCCGAACGGUACGACGACGGGGUUCGCUUCGCCUGCCUCGGUAUGGCCCUCUGCUCCACCACCUCCUCCAUCUACUCCGUGUUCAUCGAGGGCCUGAUCGUUCGGUUCGGGGCCCGGCCUGUUUACGUGGGCGGACUGCUGGCGCACUGCUGCGGCAUGCUGGCGAUGGGACUGAUGCCCCACAAGCUGGUCGUGUUUGGGUGCUGCGCCCUCACGGGGGUUAUGUACGCCACCAUCUAUUCCAUCCCGUUCCUGCUGAUCUCGCACUAUCACUCAAAGAAUUGUUUUACGGAAGUUGACGGCCAGUACGUGGAAAGCAUCGAGCCACGAGGAUUCGGUGUGGACGUUUCCAUGAUGAGCAGUAUGUUAUGUUUGGCACAGUUGAUUGUAUCGCUAGCGAUCGGUGCCGUGAUUGAUGCGGUCGGUUCCACCAUCAUCAUUACGUUCAUCUCGUCCGCCUUCAUGCUGUGCGCCGCCGGUUCCGCCAUGGCAAUACUUUACAUGGGACUGUAGAUUGUAAAGAGGGGAUUCUCGGAAACGUAAACGAAUCGUAGUUUUAUUACUGUAAUGUAAAUACACGUGUCUCGCUGCGGCAGAAACGCAUUUUCGCCGAACGAAUUAUGAAUAGAGCGCAGGCGAAGCGUGUGAAGCUUUCGCGGAAAACAAAACGCCUGUGCGUAUGCAAUCACAAUGCACAGCAAGCUUUCCGGCGUGAAGUAAGCGGAUCGUUAUUUGUAAAUGGUUGUUUUCACUGGUUUUAAUUUAAGUAUGAGUGAGCUUAAGCAAAUUAAAUCAUGAAUUGAAAAUAAAGAAAAAUAAAUAAGUCUAUUUGAUUUGAG